AUGAUUAUAACUGGAUUUAUAUUAAAUACUCUUUCAAUAAUAACAUUUUAUCAACCAAAAUGUGGUGAAGUUGGAUGUGGUAUCUAUUUAUUAAUAACAUCCAUAAUUGGUCAACUGAGUUUGGUUGUGUUUGGUAUAAAAUUUCUUUAUCUCUUGUUAACACAAAUGAAUAAUUUAUCUACAGCACGUAUGAAUUGUACUGUAAUGGAAUUUUUGUUAAAAUUUCUACCAACAAUAACGCAUUGGAUAAAUGCAUUUGUUUCAAUUGAACGUACUUCUAUGGUACUAUCUGGAUUAAAAUUUAAGAAGAAAUCAAGCAAAACUGCAGCUAAAAUUAUUAUUCCACUUAUUGUUACAUUCAGCUUUAUAACAACGAUACACAGUCUAUUUAACUAUCAUAUAAUAAAUGAUCCACGUAUAAAUGGUCGCACUUGGUGUGUAAUUACUUUUCGAAAUAAAUAUUUAGAAAUGUACAAUUCAAUAAUAAACAUCAUGCAUCUUGUUACACCGUUUACAAUCAAUUUGUCAUCAGCAUUUAUAAUAGUUCAUUCAUCAAAAAUAAAAUCCAUAGCAAUCCAUAGUAAUUAUAUUAGCACCUUACAUCAGCAAAUUAAUGCUUAUAAGCAUUUAAUUAUAAGUCCAAUCGUAUUAGUUUUAUUAACAUUACCUACAUUAAUAUUUGCUUUUCUCUUUACAUGUAUAACUGAAAUUAAAUCAUGGCAAAAUUAUUUAAUUAUAAUCGGAUAUUUUAUUUCAUUUAUUCCUCAAAUGGCAACAUUUUUAAUAUAUGUAUUACCGUCAACAACGUAUAUGGAUGAAUUAAAACAUGUUUUACACAAUGUUUUUAAAAUUCAUUUCUUUUGA